AACUUGAGGAUAUAGGAAAUGCCACGUCUAUGGUAGAUAUGAAACCGAAUCUCUCUCUUAUUCUAUAAAUAGUGGCCAUUCCCUUUUGUUGAAAUCACAAAAAGCAUCAGAACAAAGAAGAAGAAAAGAAAAAAGAAACUACAACAAUCUAUCAAAAAGAAAUGGCAGGUUCUAACUGUGGAUGUGGCUCCUCCUGCAAAUGCGGUGACUCUUGCAGUUGCGAGAAGAACUACAACCAGGAGUGCGACAACUGUAGCUGUGGAUCAAACUGCAGCUGCGGGUCAAACUGUAGCUGUUGAAGAAAUUAUUGGGGUCUAAAAAUCAUAUAUGCCAGGAACACUGGGAGGAAAAACAAAUGUGUUUGAUGCUAAGAGAUGUGUGUGUUAGAAUAAAGACGUGACAUCGUGUGUUACGCGUAAUAACUCUCUUAAGCUUUGACGUUUCCAGCUUUGUAUUUUCUAUGUGGUGAUGGUGUGAUUUGUAUUAAUGUCAUAUGUAACCUAAAAAAAAAAACAUAUAUAUUUGACUUUUGUGAUUGUUAAGAUUGCUAUAUUUCUCCUCUAUUUAUAUUUAGAAUACAAAUUUUAUUAGCUAAAAUAGUCAAAUGAGAAAUAUGUUAUUUGUAUUAUUAGCAUCCAAUCCGAAAUUAUACAAAAUUAAUUAAGUACCUAACCUACCUAACCCCCAAAUACCGAACAUUAUGUAGUUUACUUAUCGGGCUUGAAACGGGCCAGUAAGGUCCCCUUCAAAAAAAUAAGAAGAGAUGAGAUCUAUUAUAGCGGUGAUGAGGCAACGAGAAUAUUUCGCUCAGGCAAUACGUCGAACACCUUGCGUGACAUCUUCCCCUGCGUUGAAUCAUACCAAUUUCCAAGCUUUGAGCUUUCUCACUACAUUAAUACCUUCGUCGAAACCUCCGGACGAGGCAUGUACCGGGUCGGACGGAGAAGAAGAGCCCGACAAGUGUUUGUCUCUCAGAAUCGAGAAGCUCCCCAAGGGAGUUACUGUUGGGUCUGCGGUACAGAUCUGGAUGGGUGAUGGGUUUCCAGUUCAUGGUGGAGAUGUUUAUCACGCCAUUAAUCGAUUGAGGAAGCUCGGACGAAACAAACGUGCCCUUGAGUUGAUGGAAUGGGUAAUUAGAGAAAGACCUUACCGUCUUGGUGAGCUAGAAUACUCCUACUUGCUUGAAUUCACAGUCAAACUUCAUGGCGUCUCUCAAGGGGAAAAGCUUUUCACCCGUGUACCUCAAGAGUUUCAGAACGAGCUUCUUUACAACAACCUUGUGAUUGCUUGUCUAGACCAAGGUGUCAUUAGGCUUGCUCUAGGGUAUAUGAAGAAGAUGAGAGAACUUGGUUUUCGUACAUCCCAUUUAGUCUACAACCGUCUUAUCAUUCGCAACUCAGCUCCCGGGAGAAGAAAGCUCAUAGCUAAAGACCUUGCGCUCAUGAAAGCUGACAAGGCGACUCCUCAUGUCUCUACGUAUCAUAUCUUGAUGAAGCUUGAAGCUAAUGAACAUAACAUUGACGGGUUGCUUAAGGCUUUUGAUGGUAUGAAGAAAGCUGGAGUUGAGCCGAAUGAGGUUUCUUACUGUAUAUUGGCUAUGGCACAUGCUGUUGCUAGAUUGUAUACAGUUGCUGAGGCCUAUGCCGAGGAGAUAGAGAGAUCUAUCACUGGGGAUAAUUGGUCGACCUUGGAUAUAUUGAUGAUAUUGUACGGUCGUUUAGGGAAAGAAAAGGAGCUCGUGAGAACUUGGAAUGUUAUCAGAGGGUUUCAUCAUGUUAGAUCCAAGAGUUACUUGCUGGCAACCGAAGCGUUUGCGCGAGUGGGGAACCUUGAUAGAGCUGAAGAGCUCUGGUUAGAGAUGAAGGAUGUAAGAGGAAUUAAAGAAACAGAGCAGUUCAACUCUCUGCUCUCGGUAUACUGCAAAGACGGUUUGAUAGACAAGGCAAUCGGUGUGUUCCGCGAGAUGAUGGGAAACGGGUUUAAGCCUAAUUCCAUAACGUAUAGACAUCUUGCUCUAGGAUGUGCUAAAGCCAAACUGAUGAAGGAAGCUCUCAAAAACAUUGAAAUGGGUUCGGCUCUAAAGACGAGCAAAAGCGUAAGAAGCUCAACGCCGUGGCUAGAGACGACUCUAUCGAUCAUCGAGUGUUUUGCAGAGAAAGGUGAUGUUGAGAACUCAGAGAAACUGUUUGAAGAGGUGAAGAAUGCAAAGUAUAAUAGGUAUGCGUUUGUGUACAACGCUUUGUUCAAAGCUUAUGUGAAGGCCAAGGUGUAUGACCCUAAUCUGUUUAAGAGGAUGGUUCUAGGUGGAGCCAGGCCUGAUGCUGAGUCAUACAGUUUGUUGAAACUAGUUGAACAGUAUAAGCCCUGACUCAAAUCAAGCCUGCUCCAAAUAUAUUUUUGUCAAUCUUAUCUACCCCAAUGUUAACAUGCUUCCUACUUUAUCCCCAAGUACUCUAGGUUAUCUCUUACCUAAUAUGGAUUGUCAAUAGAGAGCUCUUAACCGGUCCGUGAACCCCAAAAAAAAGAAAAAAAAAAUAAUUACUGUAAUGCGUAUUAAGAUUAAAGGAUAGCCUUAUCCUUCAUAAUCCUCAAAUGUAGUAAAGUGCUAGCUAGCUCCUUGCUCACGGGCUUAAAGUGAGCUACCCGCUAAGUUGGUUGAGCUGUGGAAAUAAGCAGAUCCUCGUAAGACAGAAAAGGAGUGAGUUGAAACUGGACAUAAGUCUUCAUUGGACUAAGUUGGGCCUGACC